CGCCUUUUCAUAAUACUUGUGCUGCACUUCGACGUUGGGAUUUUCAUAUGAACCGCUGGGAACACAGCGACAAUGGGUUUGGGGCCCUUCCCGAAUUUCUUUGUCCAUUGUGCCACUCUUUUUAAAAACUCCACGCCGCUCAGCGUCCAUACCCUCAGUCUCUUUUGCAAUGGACGAAUUCGCCUACUCUGACGUUACACUCUUCUCUGUUGUCCCCUCGGAUGAUCCUAACUCGUUCUCUGCUCCCAUUGACAUGGAGCACAUUAGCAAUACGCAGUCAUAUUCGUACUGUGUGAUUGCUUGAAGCACACACAUUACACUCUUGUUCAUUCUGGCGUCACUUGACAGUGUUCGCAUGAUACCGCCACCUUUUUCAUAUUAUUUGCUCUCGACCAUAUCUCUCGAUGAGCCAUUAAUUUAUUCAUCAGUUGAAUCGGUGGUCUUUCCACCUCUCUUUGGAUUUCAGGAUUCACCCUUGUAUCGAUAUGUCGUAGAUAACUUUAUUCUAUUAACUUAUUUCUCAUAGUGUGAUGACUUUUAUUCUACGUGCUUUCUGUUUCAAUGAAUUUCUCUCCCUUAGUAUAUGAGCGGCG